AGCUCAUCGGCUAGGGCUAGCUGUCACCUGGAUGUAGCUUUAUCCGACAGCAGCCUCAAAAACCUGGGAUCUAUGCGGCCGGAGCUAACGGCUUAGCCUGAACCAGUGAAGCUACUGCUGAGCCUGGCAACUUCUGCUGAGGAUGGAGCAGCUUCAUAUUAUAAUAAAAUACGACCCUUAACCCUAAUGCUAACUUAUAUGAGCUAACAGUAACGCUGAACGGGGCCCAGAAGCUAAUCAACUAGCUUAAUGAGAGAGAUCCGUUGGUUGAAUUGGGUCAUAAAAAACAAUUUAAUGUUGUACACAAACACGGCGCUGAAAUCGGCUUCCGUUUGGACAGUUGACGCAACGUUAACUCGCGACACUGAGCGACCUCUGACCGUUGAGACGGGCCGUAAAACAUUGGAGCUCCUGGAGGAGUCGGCCGUAGGCUCCGUCCGUGCUUGUGGAGACAUGGGCAGGUAUUUCCGCAGCGAGGUCGACAUUAAGAGUCCGUGGCAUCAGGUGUUGGCUGCCUUCUGGCAGCGCUACCCCAACCCGUUCAGCGCCCACGUCCUCACCGAGGACGUCCUGUACCGCGAGGUCACCCCCAGCGACCACCUGUUGUCACGGCGACUGCUGACAAAGACCAACCGGCUGCCGGGCUGGGCGGAGCGCGUCUUCCCCGCCCACAUGGCCCGGGCCGUGUACGUCCUGGAGGACUCCAUCGUGGACCCGCAUAGACACACGCUCACCACCAAGACCUGGAACCUCAACCACAACACACUGAUGACGGUGGUGGAACGGUGUUCGUUUGAAGAGGACUGCAGUCGUCCCUCUUGGACCAAACUGAGGAGGGAGGCCUGGAUCUCCUCGGCGGUCUACGGCCUGGCCCGGCCCAUACAGGAGUUUGGUCUCACCAGGUUUAAAAGUAACCAAGCCAAAGCCAUGAAGGGGCUGGAGUACGCCCUGUCCAAGAUACAGACUGAGGCCCCCCCUGAUCUCCACGGUGACCAGGUAGAGUCGGCGGAGAAGCACAAGCCCCUCCCACCACAGACCACGCCCACCUCUGCCCAGAAUCCCAAGCAGUUCGUCUGAACGUCGUCCGAUUCUACAGCUACAAUAGAAAUCCCGCUUCUAUCGAUCCGAGCUAGGACUGCGGGGGCGUCGCGUCGCGCCAACCUCAGCUCCGGUUGGUUGCCUUCUUGAAGUCCGUCAUCAGAGAACAAGUGCUGCUUUUAAAUGUGACUGAGGCCGAGCAGAAAAACAACAAAUAUUAGCUACUCCGUCGUCCUCCUCUGAACUACAAUCAUUCCCAGGAUUCACUGGGACGGAAUUCAACCAUCUUAGUAAAACGGUUUAACAAAGUUCCUUUUUUAUUUGCUUAAUUUUGGUUUUUACACCGUUUCUAGAUUAUUCUGCAGUAAUUACUUUGGGUUGGUUCAUGUAGAGAGGAACUUUUUCUCAGCCCUGGUUUCAUUAUUUAAAAAAAAGACAGAAGGUCAAAUUAUGUAGAAUUGUUCUAAAAACCGGAUUUAGAUAAAAAGCGUUUUUCUUUCUAGUGUUAGAUGUUAUGAGAUUUUGAAGCAUUUGGAUCACAUUCCAGUUAUUUUCUGUUAUUUUAUAGUCGUUUUUAUAUUUUUAUAUUAACAUUGUUACAUCUUAUUUUGAAUCAUUUCAAUCACGCGUGACAUUAAUGGUAUCAUUUCUUUGUCAUUUAGUGACAGUAUUGCUUCACUGGUGACUCUUGCCUGCUGGAUUAAAUUCAGAAUCACGACACCGUCUGUGGAGAGUACUUGCUGUAUUCGUAGCCGGUCGGAUAAAGAUCCACGAUGAAGCCAGUUUUAUUUCCGCGCAGAUGCACGUUUCGUCUUUUGAACGUUUCCUGCGGUCGAAAGUUUUGCUAAACGGGACUUGCCCCUGCGCCGUCGCCCUCUGGUGGUCGCCUCCUGAUAUUGGAGGGGGAAGUUACAAUCCCCAGGAUCUCGGUCCUGGUGGACGCGGCGACGCCUCUGAUCAAAUCACAAACCGUGACACUGGAUCGCACGUCGCGUCGCUUCCCUUCAGUCUCUCGUCCGUGUGAAGGAAACUUCAGUCCUGCAUCAGCGACCACUCCGGCUACUAUUUAGAGAAUUACUGCAAGAAUGUGGAGGCAUCAUCUUGUAGUUCGUAAAUAUUCAUCUACACGAAACAUGAAUCGCCUUUUCGUCCAAGAACCGGUUUCCCUCACUUGAUCUUCGUCUUCCUUCACCGCUGAUUUAUCGAACCUCACCUGAGAGAACCGAAGCAGGUGUGCGAUGGCAGAUGGGAAGAUAUUCUCGGGUUUUCUCAGGGAACCGCUUAUGGUCACUUCACUAUCCAACUUGUAGUUUUAUAGUCUGUAUAGUGGCCUUAGUAACAGUGACCACCAGAGGGCGACAAAGCGAAGCGGGUCACCUGGACUUAUAUCGGACUGGUUUCCGCCUCGGGGCCAAACUGGGCCAGUCGGGGCUUCACGGUCUUUCCUGAGGUUUUCCAGGCUUCCUGUUUGAGUCUGGAAAGUCCUGAAAGGUCUUUAGACUUUUAUCAUUUCAACUCUUGCAAAAAAACAAAAAACAAAAAAAAAAACCCACAGUGAAGUCAGAAAACUAAUUGUCCAGAAACACUGAUUUUAUCCUGUGAAGAGCCACUGUCAUGUCAGACACUGUUAUUCUCACUGUUUAACUGAAUCCAACAUGUUGAAUCACAAUAAAUCUACAGACCUGAGCAGCUGCUGCCGUCACUGUCACAUGUUCUUCACUUUCAUGUUAAAAAUUGAGAGAAAACAGCACAUACUCCUAGUUCUAUAUUUUAGAGCUCAGGAUAUUCAGGCCACAACCGAAGACCUUAAGCUUUUUGAUUUUCAAUUUCAGAUUUUAAAACAUCACUUUUCAUGAUUUCAAUAUUCAAUGCCCCCCCCCCAGUUUCCUUUUCUCCAGAUACUAGUCUGUAAUUCUGAGAUAUACCAGACGAAACAGGACACGGUCUCACUUCAUGACGUAUGAAAAAGGUUAGUUUAUUCUCCGUAAAAUAUUCAGUCUUCAAACAUUCAACUGCGUCACAUUCCAGCAACUGUGAUACGAAACACAGGAAAUACCUGUGGGAGAUGAAAAGUUUAGGGCAGAGAGGGGUUAGGUGGAGGUUUACCCGAACAGGUUUAGACACAACGGCGGGUUUAAAUGAUGAGCCAGGAGAGAAUGUGUUUGAAUUCGAGCUGUAACUGAUGAUUAUUUUCAUUCUCGUUUAAUGGGUUCAGUUCAUGUAUUCGCACACAGAUUUACAUCAACGUCUGCAACUAAAAACUAAAUUUAUCUAUAGUAAAAGGUACAACUGUACAAACAGAAAUGUCUCUAUGUAUAUAAUUAAACAAUAAGCAUGUAACAAACAUAAUAUGGUGUUAAAAAACAAACAAAGUAAAAUUCAUUGGUGAAAAAAAAAGUUGCAGUUAGAAGAAAAUGUUUUAAAAUAUAACUCGACUAUUCUUUAAAUUGUUAUGCAAGUAAAAUGUUAGAAAACAGAAGGAACUGUUAUUAUUUCCCAGAGGACAACGUGACGUCUGUAAAUUAAAUGACUUUACUACUAUUUCUUUAUUCAGUUAAUUUAUGAUAAAACAUCCACAA